AACAGAAGCUGGUUGGGCAAGAACCCUCCUGACAAUCAGGGAUUUCAUGAUUUCACAAACUUUCUUUAUGGCAGUGGGCUAACCUGUGGGAGAGCCUGGUCUCUGUCUGGACAAUCGCACGUUUGGGUUCAUCUGUGCCAGAGUCGGAGUCAUAAUGGAGACACCUCGUCUGUCUGACUGGAUGUCUCAACUGCCCUCUGAACUCUCCACAGUACCCCUGUGGGAAAUCGCCAUGCCUGGAAGUCAUGACAGUAUGUCAUACAGUUUGGACAGCUCCUCCAUGUUAGAGCCAAACGCACCCGGCUGGGUUACGGCUCUGCAUAAAUUGUUCCCCUGUCUUGUCAACUUCAUUGUGAAGAGGUGGACCACCACACAGGAACUACCAAUUAUUGUGCAGCUGAAUGCAGGUGUUCGGUACUUUGAUUUGAGGAUCGCUUGUAAGCCAGAUGAUGUUACUCACACCUUGUACUUUGCCCAUGUGCUGUACACAGAAGUUACUGUGGAGGAAACCUUCAAAGAUGUUGCCCAGUGGUUAAGACAGCACCCAAAAGAGGUCAUCAUUCUAGCCUGCUCAUCAUUUGAUGGCUUGGACGACGACGACCAUCAGAAGUUCAUUGCCCGACUGAACCAGCUCUUUCCAAAGACACUCUGCCCUAAAACGGUCAGGACCCCCUCUCUUCAGCUGUGCUGGGAUCAGAAAUAUCAAGUGAUCCUUUCCUAUGACAAUGAUGCAGCCUCCGGCCACCAGGAGCUGUGGGAAAAAACUGACUACUGGUGGACUAAUCAUGGAAGGACAUCUGCAAGUCAGGUUAUAAAGUACUUGGAUGAUCGCUUGCAGAGCCAAGGACGAGAUAAUACCUUCUUUGUGGCUGGUCUGAACCUCACUGAAAAUAACAGCUUUUUGAUGACACACCUGUUCUCAACCAUGAAGAGUAUGACUCUUGCUGCUUUUCCAGAGUUGCUGGAGUGGGUCAAAAGGCAGCGCUGUGGUCAAGGCAAAACCUGCAUCAACAUUAUCGCUGCUGAUUUUGUGGGUGUGAAUCAAUUUGCCCAGCUUGUCAUUGAGAUCAAUCUGAAAAAUAUGAUCAGGUAAUAAUUUUAGAGUCGAAAAACUAGGUAUAAUAAGAGAAAUGUUACAAAAGGAAAUAUCUUCUCUUAAGAAUUUUGUCGUGUAGCUAUGUUUUGUCGUAAUGUUAUUUUCUGCUACAAAUCAAACUUUUUGAAAUUAAGUGAUUCAUGAUUUUAAAAAGGCACUGUUUUGGUUAACGACUUUACUGUAUAUUUAUUGUAUCUAGAUAUGACACAGAGCAAUAUAAAGCUGCGAUAGAGUUAUUUUACUGUAAAUGGACGUUCUAUAUCACUGUACAAUAAAUUGUAUAAAAUGUAA